AUGACCUGUCGCAGCCACAGUGUUCCCCUCGCUCUCGGAUCCCACCACCACCACUGCUUCUCCCCCGAAGAGCUGCCCAAGGGAGAGAUCCCCACUCACCUGCUGGGCAGGAGCAUCAAGUGGGAGCGUUAUCUCCCGGUUCAGCUGGUGGCCCAGCUGGAGAGGCUGAAGCCCAGCAAGAGGAAGCGUCGACAACAGGAAGCCCGAUGCCCAACCCUGGAGCUACAGUCGUUGCACCAAGCUGAGCCCAAUGAGCGGUCCAUCUCUCCCUGGACUUAUCGGAUCGAUGAGGACAGCAACAGAUAUCCGCAGAAGCUGGCCUUCGCCGAAUGCCUGUGCACUGGUUGCAUCAACGUGAAAACGGGCCAAGAGACGUCGUCCCUCAACUCCGUGCCCCUGCACCAGACCAUGAUGGUCCUACGUCGCCGGCCCUGUGUGCCCGGGGCCCUCAGGACGGCCGCCAGCCCCGUGGGCUUCACCUUCAACGUGGAAUACAUCCAGGUCCCCGUGGGGUGCACCUGUGUCCUGCCUAGGUCCAGCGGGUGA